AUGAAGAUCCAGUUUGCCCCUACUGACCUGCCCCUAACCAGGAGACUGCAGAUGGCCUCAGUGCUGCAGUGGGUCUUCUCUUUUCUGGGCCUCGGUGAGUGUCUGUCUGCCUCUGCUCUGCUCUGCUCUGUUUGUUCUGGGCAGUCUAUGUGUGUUUGUGCUGUGCAGUAGUGUUAGUUAGCCUUUCUUCCUCCUUGCGUAACAAGUGGGGAGCCUUGUGUCCAGUUCUGUUUGUUUAAUGGGUUGCUCAGUGUGGAGAAGCUGAAAUGGAAUUCUAUGAGAGUUGCCAGGCAGGCUAACUGCUGGCUGACUUCCAUGUGCCCAUGGAGUUGUGCCUGAAACGGACCAAGGCAAGUGCGUACAGUAAUAUAUUCAUACAGAAGCCACUGCCUUAAGUAACUUUACUAACUCUUACUUAACAUGUGUUGGACAGUGGAGAGACCUCCAUGGUCUUCAGUGCAUGAUUUCAUGCCAGUGUGUGUCACAAUAGAUUUGUCCGUUAGGCCUUCCACACUUUUUAUUCUCCCAUAGAUGGAUUGGUUACUGUGCAUCAGUGGUACCUAGUGGACAAGAGGGAACUCACUGCCUGGUAUUAGUUUUUCAAGACCACCAAAUGACCUGACCAAGAAGAACUCUGGGUCCUAGUUAUUGGUCAAUCUGUUCAGGUCACGUGGUCAGGAAAACUCAUGGCUUGAGUUGUAGUACAAUUCUUGGUUUGCUUAGAAGGUCUCUCUCUCUCUCUAUCCCUCCCUACCUUAUUCUCUCUCCCGUCUCUCUCUCUCUAUCCCUGUCCCUCUCCUGCUCGCUGCUGUUCAGUACGUCAGCAGGUUAAGAGUUGCAACCUAAUAGUGCAGUGCCCAUCACAUCAUAAAGCUGCCCUAUCAACCUCAAGUCUCCCCAAGUUAUAGACUGCCGCUCUUCCACUGUUUUUCUCAUAUAAACAACCAAAUCACCUAGAAAACAAAUACAUGUAUUUGAUUUCUGUGAAAUUGAUUUUAAGACUAAUAUUCCCAGUUGACUAAUGUGUAUCUGUUUAUGUGUGUCUGUUUGUGUAUCUGUCUGUCUAUCUGUCUGUGUGUGUGUGUGUGUGCAUGUGUGUGUGUGUCUGUCUGUUUUGGUCGUCUUCCUCCAGCUCCAUGCUGCAUCAUGAUGUUCUUUGUGUUGAUGUUCACGCGGUUCUGGCUGAUCAGCGUGCUGUAUGCCAUUUGGUUUUUCCUCGACUGGGAAACGCCGUCUAAGGGGGGCCGCAGGUUCCACUUCCUGUGCCACCUACGUGUCUGGGACUACAUGAGGGACUACUUCCCUGUCAAGGUGGGGUGACUUUGCUGAUUUUACUGCAAGCUGAUGAUGACUAUACUUAGAGUCAGAACUGUAGUGUAGCCCUUUUUUGAAUGUUCAAUGGAGAAUACAUGUUUCAUAUAAACACAGACAAUUCUCAGACAUACUCUGUGGGAGUGCAUAUACUAUGGAGAUGGCAAAGACCUUUACUCAACCUUUGGUAGAGGUCAGGCAGUAUCUCCAACAUCUUUUGCUACCAGUAAACUCUAUCCUCCUCAUCUCAAAUCCCUCCUGUGUUAUUUGGACUGGAGGCUGAAGCCCUCUGCAGAGGAUGAUUGCAGCGAUCUGGCAGUGGCUCCUCAGGCCUUAUCUCUAUACAAGAGCAUGCAGGGCCCAGCCAGACAGCACCACUGAUAAUGCCAAUUCUAGAAUGAGCUCUCUCAAUGUGUGGAGUUAUGUAUGCUCCCUCCGCAUGACGACCACAUCCUCCUGCCGCCCAUUCUGAUCCCACUGUAAUUGGCUCAUUAGCAGUCAGAUCUCAUUCUUUGUCAGGUCUCAGUUUAGGAGUGAUGCCAAAAAAAAACAUGAGUGUUUGUGACUGUAUGAUUUGGGGGGCUUAUCAUUAAAAGAGCAGGGGCCAGGUCUGUGCAUGUUUUUUGACACGAGGGAGCCUUUCCACAACUGUUGCUGGUUGAUGCCGCCAUCUAGUGGUGAAAUAGGGAUUGUGUGUAGAGAGACACGAGUUCAGCUGAGAGAUGUAAAUUGGAAUUUGAUCAUCAAUGGUCUUAUCCUAAGAACUCAGUCUCUCAACAUCAUACUAACGGUGUGAUAAUAAGAUAAGGUAAGAUAAUAUCCUUACGCUGAGAUGGGUCUACGCUCUUGCCCUUUGUCAGAAUUUACACUUUGUUCUGUACUGUUAAUCAAAUCAAAUCACAUUUUAUUUGCCACAUGCGCCGAAUAAAACAGGUGUAGACAUUACUGUGAAAUGCUUACUUACAAGCCCUUAACCAACAAUGCAAAGUAAAACAAAUAAAAAAAGUGUUAAGCAAAAAUUUUUAAAGCAAAUAACUAAAGAGCAGCAGUAAAAUAAAAUAACAGUAGGGAGGCUAUAUACAGGGGGGUACCGGUGCAGAGUAAAUGUGCGGGGGCACCGGCUAGUCGAGGUAAUUAAGGUAAUAUGUACAUGUGGGUAGAGUUAAAGUGACUAUGCAUAAAUAAUUAACAGAGUAGCAGCAGAGUAAAAAAGGGGGACGGGGUGGGGGUGGGGGGGCAGUGCAAAUUGUCCGGGUAGCCAUGAUUAGCUGUUCAGGAGUCUUAUGGCUUGGGGGUAGAAGCUGUUGAGAAGCCUUUUGGACCUAGACUUGGCGCUCCGGUACCGCUUGCCGUGCGGUAGCAGAGAGAACAGUCUAUGACUAGGGUAGCUGGAUUCUUUGACAAUUUUGAGGGCCUUCCUCUGACACCGCCUGGUAUAGAGGUCCUGGAUGGCAGGAAGCUUGGCCCCAGUUAUGUACUGGGCCGUACGCACUACCCUCUGUAGUGCCUUGCGGUCAGAGGCCGAGCAGUUGCCAUACCAGGCGGUGAUGCAACCAGUCAGGAUGCUCUCAAUGGUGCAGCUGUAUAACUUUUUGAGGAUCUGAGGACCCAUGCCAAAUGUUUUCAGUCUCCUGAGGGGGAAUAGACUUUGUCGUGCCCUCUUCACGACUGUCUUGGUGUGUUUGGACCAUGAUAGUUCGUUGGUGAUGUGGACACCAAGGUACUUGAAGCUUUCAACCUGUUCCACUACAGCCCCGUCGAUGAGAAUGGGGAUGAAUGGGCAGGGUCUAUGCAAAUUAAAUACUGUAGUAUUUACUAUAGUUAAAAAAGUUUUGUGUUUUGUAGUGUUUUUGCAGAUAUUACUGUAGUAUUUACUAAGUGUUUUUUUGCAGAUAAAACUGUAGUAUUUACUAUAGUAUCCUACAAUAUACUACAUAAUUCUAUAGUAAGUACUACACAUGAUUGAAGGAUACUACAGUGUGUAGUAUAGUAUUCUAUAGUAGACUACAGUUUAUAACAGAAUUCUACAGUAAGUACUGUUGUAUUCUAUAGUCAACUGUAGUAUUUAUGUGGUAAUUGAGUCAACAGAGAGAGUCUACAGACAGAGCAGUAUUAAGGCAAAUACAGUACCAGUCAAAAGUUUGGACACACCUACUCAUUCCAGGGUUUUUCUUUAUUUGUACUAUUUUAUACAUUGUAGAAUAAUAGUGUAGACAUCAAAACUACGAAAUAACACAUAUGGAAUCAUGUAGUAACCAAAAAAGUGUUAAACAAAUCAAAAUAUAUUUUAUAUUUGAGAUUCUUCAAAGUAGCCACCCUUUGCCUUGAUGACAGCUUUGCACACUCUUGGCAUUCUCUCAACCAGCUUCACCUGGAAUGCUUUUCCAACAGCCUUGAAGGAGUUCCCACAUAUGCUGAGCACUUGUUGGCUGCUUUUCCUUCACUCUGCGGUCCAACUCAUCCCAAACCAUCUCAAUUGGGUUGAGGUCGGGUGAUUGUGGAGGCCAGGUCAUCUGAUGCAGCACUCCAUCACUCUCCUUCUUGGUCAAAUAGCCCUUACACCGCCUGUACGUUUGACAGUUUUUCUCAAUCACGUUCAAUCAUUUCUUGGAACAAUGUUAUCGAUUUUCAAAGUUAACAAUGUUGGAGAUGAUGACUUAGGAGUAACCCAAAGUUACUUAGAAGUAACCCAACUUCAUUCCACAAAAAUCACAGAAAUUAUUGCCUAGAUCUUUCCCUAUAUUGUACAUAGUAUGACACUGAUGGGAUGAUUUUAGACUUUUGUGCACUAGUAUUUACAGACAGCUGGAAACAACAUGAUUGCACACAUUUCUCUUCUAAUGAAAACAAUGUGUUAAUAUUCUGUGAAGAAACCACUUAACAGUGAAUUUUGUAUUCACUCAUGACAUUUGUAUUUAAAGUUUUGCAAAAGGGGGUGUAAGAUAUGCAACUCAGGUACAAAGGCAAGAAAAUGAUCAGAAGUUCUGUAAAUGUAUUUGAACAUUUGAUCAUUGCUGUUUUGCUAUAGAGACGUUUCAACACAGAUCCAAACAAUGGUUGUACCCGAUUGAGAAAAAACAGUGGUGUAGUGGUUCCUGGAGAAGUGGGGAUACUAACAUUUGGCCCAACAUUUCCCAAACGGUCCCAACCCAAGCUGUACUGUGCAAGUAGGCACAUUUAAGUUUUUAUUGUUUCAGGUUUUCACUCUUAAAGUUACCCUUUUUAAUAGAAAAACAACACAAUUGGAUGUUCAAAGUCCAUAACAAUGCUUAAACCACAUCCAGAGACCACUUUUGAGGUCUGGGGUAAAUUUAAGAAAUUUAGAUUUUUGAGGGUAGUUACCCUUUAAUUCAAGUGUGGUGUUUCAUAAGAUGGAGUUUGCAAAACAAAUGGCCACUGGAUUGAUGCAAAUAAUCAUGAUAUCAUUCUGCCAGGUAGGCAUAGGCUAGUUUGUAGCUAGUUAACAUUUAAUUGAGAAGGUUAUUGGGAAAGCCUUUCCAUCUACCAGAAGAAGGUUAGGAUUAGCAUCACUAUAUUUUUCCUGUUCCUUAAUUGUUUGAAACCUGGACGUUUUUCUUUAUAUUAGGAGGCAUGUCUUAACUUGCUUCAAAGUAGCCUAUAGACAAAAUCCUACCAUAGAAACGUGGAGGCAAUUAUUUUAUAAAGACUUCCUCGGAUGCGUUCUCUUGUCUAUUGGUUUUCUGUCAACUUUCUUUCAUUGUCUAGCAUUAUCCUAUUCAUAUUAGCAACCCAUGAUAGUUGUUACAUCUUUAGAUCUCCCCUCUUUCUAAAUUUCUAAUGAUAUUUACAUCUCUGUCCAUGAAUGGUGUUUUCCCGCAAAUUGCUUUUUGGAAUAUUUGCAUGUAGGCCUGCCGCCGUGUGCACAUUGCUGCGCCUAAAAUGUAAAGAAAUAAUAGUUUAUCAACAUUUUAAGCUAAACAUUCUGAUCUGUUCCAUCAACCUUGUAUAUCUCCACUACACUACUUUGAUAUGCGUUGUGGGGAUUAAGAAGUGACUAUACGCAAUGCCCACUGAAAAAAUAAGUGGGUAUAUGGUGUAUAUUUGCGUAUACCCUCUACUACACCACUGAGAAAAACUGUAUUAGAGAGAGUAAUUUCUCCCUCAAGCAAAACAUGAAUUGGUUCUGAAUGCCACAUGGUGAAUUUACACAGAUCGAUUCCACAUGGGGAAUUUACAGUAAACGAGCAACAUCAUCAUUAGUUCAUAUGGACUUUCCUUCAUUUCUCAAGGAAAGAUACAGUACAUUAAACACAACCAGAUACCAAGUACCAAACAAAGAUUACUUCUUCAAACCUGGAAUGUAAUUUCCCCUAAGUGCCAACAGAGCAUCUGACUUCAUGCAUUAUUAAGGCUGGAAUAAAGAGUCAAUGUUAGUCUGAACAGAGCAGUGUCCUUCAGAGGGUGUCAUCGGUUUCACUGAGGUCUGGUUCUCCACUACCAUCCCUAAUGACAGCGUCACUGUCUCCGCCUGCACCCCAACUUCCAAACUGAAAACAUUUGACUAUAGUUUAUAGACACUGACUCCUCUCAUCACUUUGAAUUUGUAGAAAUAUAUACACUUUUCGUCUUGUUUGAACCCAACUCUAAGCCAAAAUCCAACAACAUGCCUAAAACCUCUGCUGAGUUCAAAUAGUAGAGUUAGAUAUAGGUUACUGUAUAUCAAGCAUGAGCGGGACACUUUGUGAAAAAUGUGUUCACUGUAUCGGCGGGCAUAGGAGUGGACACCCCUUUUGUUAGUAAACAUGGAGGAACAGGAGCCAAUGAUUAACCCUGAAAAGAGAGGCUGCCUCCAGCGCAGACCAAAAUAAUGAGUGGCCAUUAAAUAAUUGGCCAGUGUUCUCGCUCUAUGGCAACCCACGACUAGAGCUCCAUUCUCACUCAUACAGACAUCUUUGUUGACCAAUAGGCCAAACUCUGAUAAAGCUCCAUUCCCCAAUAUACAUUCAGUACACUUCCGAACAUGCAUUCCCCACGCCCAGAUAUUGGGGUGAGCCAAGUACCUCCAGACAUCAGAGGACUGCAUGGCCCCAGACAACAGAAUCAGAAAUAUUAUUGGUAUAUUUAGUCUUAGAGCUUGACUAAUUCUGUGAUCUGUUCUUGGAAACAGCAAAAUCUCAUGAUUAGACAGAGGACUACAGACAAACAAGAGAAGGAACAAGAGAAGGUCAAACGGGUUGUUUACAAUUGGUGGUUCGUCCUUGAAUUAAUCAUCUCAAUCCAUUAAGUCAAUAUAUCCCACCAUAUGCCUGCUUAGUGCUUAGUGUUUACUACGAUGACUACCCUUGUUUUGCUAGUGAGAGGUUAGCGUAGCCCUAUAACUAAUAGGUGGGGACUGGAUUCUUGGAGUUCAUUGGCCUUGAACUGCUAGUCUCAAACACUGAGGUCGAUUCAAAAAGUGUUUUUAGCAGCUUUGGUUUUGACAUGUAUGCGCAUAACAUUCCCAGCACAUGGUUAACUAACAAGGAACUUUGACCCCAUCCAGUGACCUGUGACCAUCCUAUCAAGGGAGACAACAGGCAUGAUCCUUCCUCCUGUUUAUCUCCAAUCUGCCUGUGCAAAGAGACAGGAGACACCGGUCGAUACUGGUUAGAGGCAGGAUAGUCUCUUCUCACAGCCCCUGUGGAGGCAGGCAAACAACAGCUAGAACUCACACAGGUGACAUGUGAUGAAGAUACACAUGACAUAAAGAUAUAGGCCAAAUACCUGGAAGUCAAUUCAUAGGCUUCCUAGAGAGUAUGGCUUUCAAUACAUUUUUGAAAUGUUUCAAAAAUCUCUCACAAAGAUUCAGAUUUAGAAAUUCAUGUGAUUGCACCCUGUUUACUGUAUAGUACAUAACUAUUAUGACUAUUGAAUUCACAAGUGAAUCCCCUGUGUGUUGUAUUGCAGCUGGUGAAGACAGCAGACUUGGACCCCGGGAAGAACUACAUCCUUGGUUUCCAUCCCCAUGGGGUGCUGGUGGCUGGAGCCUUCAUUAACUUCUGUACGUACGCUACAGGCUUCAGGAAACUGUUCCCUGGCCUUGACAGCUUCCUGCUGAUGCUGCCUCUCUGGUUCAGAGCCCCCUUCUUCAGAGACUACAUCAUGAUGGCAGGUUAGUGGGGUUGGGGUUAGGUCAAGGCCGGGUUACUGUGAAACACUUUGUGACAUACAGUGCAUUCGGAAAGAAUUCAGACCCCUUGACCUUUUCCACAUUUUGUUACGUUACAGCCUUAUUCUAAAAUUGAUUAAAUAAAAACAAAUCCUCAUCAAUCUAUACACAAUACCCCAUAAUGACGAAGCGAAAACAGGUUUCUAUAAAUUUCUGCAAAUGUAUUAAAAAUAAAAAACAGAAAUACCUUAUUUACAUAAGUAUUUAGACCCUUUGCUAUGAGACUCGAAAUUGAGCUCAGGUGCAUUCUGUUUCCAUUGAUCAUCCUUGAGAUGUUUCUACAACUUGAUUGGAGUCCACCUGUGGUAAAUUGAAUUGAUUGGACAUGAUUUGGAAAGGCACACACCUGUCUAUAUAAGUCCCCACAGUUGACAGUGCAUGUCAGAGCAAAAACAAGGCAUGAGGUCGAGGGAAUUGUCUGUAGAGCUCAGAGACAGGAUUGUGUCGAGGCACAUAUCUGGGGGAGGGUACCAAAACAUUUCUGCAGCAUUGAAGGUCCCCAAGAACACAGUGGCCUCCAUCAUUCUUAAAUGGAAGAAGUUUGGAACCACCAAGACUCUUCCUAGAGCUGGCUGUCCGGCCAAACGGAACAAUCGGGAGAGAAGGGCCUUGGUCAGGGAGGUGACCAAGAAUCCGAUGAUCACUCUGACAGAGCUCCAGAGUUCCUCUGUGGAGAUGGGAGAACCUUCCAGAAGGACAACUAUCUCUGCAGCAUUCCACCAAUCAGGCCUUUAUGGUAGAGUGGCCAGACGGAAGCCACUCCUCAGUAAAAUACACAUGACAGCCCGCUUGGAGUCUGCCAAAAGGCACCUAAAGACUCUCAGACCAUGAGAAACAAUAUUCUCUGGUCUGAUGAAACCAAAAUUAAACACCUGAAUGCCAAGCGUCACGUCUGGAGGAAACCUGGCACCAUCCCUACGGUGAAGCAUGGUGGUGGCAGCAUCAUGCUGUGGGGAGGUCUUUCAGCGUCAGGGACUGGGAGACUAGUCAGGAUCGAGGGAAAGAUGAACGGAGCAAAGUACAGAGAGAUCCUUGAUGAAAACCUGCUCCAGAGUGCUCAGGACCUCAGACUGGGGUGAAGGUUCACCUUCCAACAGGAUAACGACCCUAAGCACACAGCCAAGACAACGCAGGAGUGGCUUCGGGACAAGUCUCUGAAUGUCCUUGAGUGACCCAGCCAGAGCCCAGACUUGAACCCGAUCGAACAUCUGGAGAGACCUGAAAAUAGCUGUGCAGCGACACACCCCAUCCAACCUGACAGAGCUUGAGAGGAUCUGCAGAGAAGAAUGGGAGAAACUCCCCAUAUACAGGUGUACCAAGCUUGUAGCAUGAUACCCAAGAAGACUUGAGGCUGUAAUCCCUGCCAAAGGUGCUUCAACAAAGUACUGAGUAAAGAGUCUGAAUACUUAUGCAAAUGUUAUUUUUGCGUUUUAUUCUUUAUACAUUUGCAAACAUUUCAAAACCUGUUUUUGCUUUGUCAUUAUGGGGUAUUGUAUGUAGAUUGAUGAGGGGAAAAAAACAAUUUAAUCAAUUUUAGAAUAAGGCUGUAACACAACAAAAUGUGGCAAAAGUCAAGGGGUCUGAAUACUUUCCGAAUGCACUGAACUGAGUGAAGGGUCUGAACAGCUUUGGUACAAAACAUUAAGAACUCUUUCCAUGACAUAGACUGACCAGGUGAAUCCAGGUGAAAAGCUAUCAUCUCUUAUGGCUGUCACUUGUUAAAUCCACUUCAAUCAGUGUAGAUGAAGGGGAAGAGACAGGUUAAAGAAGGAUUUUUAAGCCUUGAGACAUGGAUUUUGUAUGUGUGCCAUUCAGAGGGUGAAUGGGGGAUGCAACUCAAUAUUAGGAAGGUGUUCCGAAUGUUUGGGAUACUCAGUGUAUGUUACUGUAAAGACAAGAAUGUAAUAUAAAUCAAUUGUAUUCAUUAGCUGAUUGAUUGGGGACAACCAGCAUGAUGCAAAUUAACAACUUUGAGUUUGAUCAUCGUUCGACAGUGAAGUAUAGUAUACCAAACUUUCCCCCCACUAUUACAAACACCUGACCUGUGUGUAUAAUGGGUUUCCCAGGUCUGAUUCCCUCGGACAAGGAGAGUGCCAGCUAUCUGUUACGUCGACAGGGAGGUGGGAAUGCCGUUGUCAUAGCAGUGGGAGGAGCCCCCGAGGCCCUGGACGCACGCCCUGGCGCUUUCACCAUUCUCUUGGCCAAUAAGAAAGGUUUCGUCAAACUGGCAAUGGAACAUGGGUAGGGUCAGAGGUGGCAGAGGACAUUUCAUUAUCUGUCUCAUAACUUAUCUCAUGGUUGCACAAGUGGCUUCAAUUGAAUCAAUCGCUUCAUAGUUUGAUAUGAAUAUGUACAGUGUGUACUUGUGGGCGGCUUCCUGAAAUAGUGACUUGUGUAAGCCCUUUGAGAAUUUAUAUUGGGCGCAUGCAAGCACUGUAUGACAUGCAGAGGGACAAGUCAAGUGACAUCAGUGUUACCCAAUUCAGUUUUCCCUUGACUUUGCUGGUUACACAGCAAGUCCAGCUACAGUAGCUCACAACUUAUUUUGUGGGAUACACAAAGCUUGCUCGAAUCACGUGUUUUACAUGACUGCUUAUGAAUUUCAUCAAUAGUGGAAUCAUUUAGGACAAACUUCAACACCUAGUAAUAAAAUGGAAACUGCAUGGGUCUGCAUUCUACAAAUAUACUGUACCUUACAAACUCAUAGACGAUCGUAACAAAACUGAAGGCCAAACUCCUGUCUCAACUCACCUCACCUCUCUUCCACCCCUCUCCUCUCCGCUCCCCUCCUCGUCUCCUCUCCUCCACCCAUUCCCUCCAUAGUGCUCAUCUGGUGCCAGUCUUCUCCUUUGGAGAGAACGAGCUGUUUGACCAGGUGGAGAACCCUCGAGGCACCUGGCUCCGCUGGAUUCAGGACAAGCUGCAGAGCAUCAUGGGUAUCUCUCUGCCCCUCUUCCAUGCGCGGGGCGUCUUCCAGUACAGCUUUGGUAUCAUGCCCUACAGGAAGCCCAUCAACACUGUGGGUGAGUCACUGUCUCAUCUUCACUGCCUAGGACAUUGUUCCAAUUUCAUAGUUAAGUAGACUAGAUAACUCUAAGCAACGUUUUAGAAAUGUUGGGCCUUGCCAGUUGAAGCCAGAAUGGUUAUCAGUAGCUGUCCACUAUAUCUGCCCAAUUUAUUUAUCCUUUUCUCAAGCUAUGUUGCAAAGGCAAUUGUUGUUUUUGGCAGAGGUUUCAUAUCAGUAAACUAUCUGGCAGAGAGCGACAGAGACGGACACAUUUGCCCAUCGGCCAUAUUUGACUUGCUAGAUAGUUUGAUUGCGUCAGUUUGCUGCAACCUCUCAGCAACAGUUGGCUGGCUGUGUAAAUCUAUUUGGCAAUCCCCACUUGAAAAUGGCAUCAUAUUAUGUUAAACAAAUACCUUUAAUAAAAAUCAUAUCCAAAAAGCAAAUACAUUUUUGCGCAUUAUGCACUACCACUGUAAUCUAUAUUUGAACGUGAUGUCAUCAUGCAUACCCUUUGACCUCUCCACAGUGGGACAGCCGAUCAGAGUGGAGAAGAAUGAGAAGCCCACAGUGGAGGAGCUGGACACCCUCCAUCAGCUCUACACAGAAGAACUCAGCCAGCUGUUUGAGGAGCACAAGGGCAAGUACGGAGUGCCAGAGGACCAACACCUCAGCUUCGUCUGAGCAGGGAGAGAGAGAGAGAGAGAG